GAACAAAAGUUUCAACUUGAAUGCUCUUUCAAUAGUUUGGAAUUUCUAAAUCUAAGCGGUAGCGCUAUUGUUAGCCUUCCUAUAUGGUUCAACAAAUUUGUCAAAUUGGACAUGCUUGACUUGAGAAAUUGCAAGCAACUUCGAGAAGUUCCAGAGCUUCCACGAAAUAUAGAAAUUGUAGAUUUGGGUGGAUGCACGUCAUUGGAAAGACUUCCAUUUAAUAAUAUAUACGACUUACCAAAGCUAUCGCGGAUUGACUUCUUCUAUUGCCCUGAACAAAUAGGGAAUGCUGUACACAAUCAUUUAUUCAGUGAGGGACAUCCUAAGUUCAGUGGAUUCACUCACUUUAGGUGUAACUAUCCGGGAAAUAGGAUUCCAGAUUGCUUCAGCUAUUAUAAAGAGGUUUCAAAUACUAAUUUGUGUGAAAUAGAUACCGGGCCUCUACAUUUUGAUUCAAAGAUUACAAUAUUUGCUUUCUCUGCUGUUAUUGGACGGAGGGAUGAUGGAAAGGAUCAAUCUACUUUUUGUAUUCGUUUGGAAGUCUCCAAUAAUGCUAACGACGAAUAA